GCGAUGAACGCGAGCGCCGCCUCGCUCAACGAGUCCCAGGUGGUGGCAGUGGCGGCCGAGGGAGCGGCAGCGGCGGCCACAGCAGCAGGGACGCCGGACACAGGCGAAUGGGGGUCCCCCGCAGCGGCGGCGGCUCUGGGAGGGGGCAGUGGGGCUAAUGGGUCGCUGGAGCUGUCGUCGCAGCUGCCGGCGGGGCCGCCGGGACUGCUGCUGUCGACGGUGAAUCCAUGGGACGUGCUGCUGUGCGUGUCCGGGACGGUGAUCGCAGGUGAAAAUGCGCUGGUGGUGGCGCUCAUCGCUUCCACCCCGGCGCUGCGCACGCCCAUGUUCGUGCUGGUGGGCAGCCUGGCCACCGCCGACCUGCUGGCGGGCUGUGGCCUCAUCCUGCACUUCGUGUUCCAGUACUUGGUACCCUCGGAGACUGUGAGCCUGCUCACUGUGGGCUUCCUCGUGUCCUCCUUCGCCGCCUCGGUCAGCAGCCUUUUGGCCAUCACCGUGGACCGCUACCUGUCCCUGUACAACGCGCUCACCUAUUACUCGCGCCGGACCCUGUUGGGCGUGCACCUCCUGCUCGCCGCCACCUGGACCGUGUCCCUAGGCCUCGGGCUGCUGCCAGUGCUUGGCUGGAACUGCCUGGCCGAGCGCACCGCCUGCAGCGUGGUGCGCCCACUGACACGCAGCCAUGUGGCACUGCUCUCUGCCACCUUCUUCGCGGUCUUCGGCAUCAUGCUGCACCUGUACGUGCGCAUCUGCCAGGUGGUCUGGCGCCACGCGCACCAGAUAGCGCUGCAGCAGCACUGCUUGGCGCCGCCCCACCUCGCCACCACCAGAAAGGGCGUGGGUACGCUGGCUGUGGUGUUGGGCACUUUCGGCGCCAGCUGGCUGCCCUUCGCCAUCUAUUGCGUGGUGGGCAGCCACGAGGACCCAGCCGUCUACACCUACGCCACCCUGCUGCCUGCCACCUACAACUCCAUGAUCAAUCCCAUCAUCUAUGCCUUCCGCAACCAGGAGAUCCAGCGUGCCCUGUGGCUCCUGUUCUGUGGCUGUUUCCAGUCCAAAGUGCCCUUCCGCUCCAGGUCACCCAGUGAAGUCUGA